AUGCCUUCUUUCACAGUAUUCAAGGGCUCAAAAGAUGGCGUCCGGAAAAGCACGACCACCAAGCCGGACGAACUCACCGGCGACCAAGUCCUGAUCAAAGUCACGGCAUCCGGCCUCUGCGGUACUGACCUCCACUACAAAACCACCGACAUGGCCCUAGGCCAUGAAGGCGUCGGGAUUGUCCUCUCCACCGGCCCAGCCUGCAAGUAUCUCCAACAGGGCGACCGCAUCGGCUGGGGCUACGAACAUGACAGCUGCGGCCACUGCGGGAAAUGCUUAAAAGGCAGCGAGAACUACUGCGUCGAGCGCGCCAUGUACGCCAGCGCGGACCUAGACCAGGGCUCCUUCGCCUCGCACGCCAUCUGGCGCGAAGCCUUCCUGUUCAAAACCCCCGACAGCCUAUCAGACGUCGACGCAGCACCCCUGCAGUGCGGUGGCGCGACGGUGUUCAAUGCGCUGAGGGCGUAUAAUACGCAAUCGACGGAGACGGUGGGGGUCAUGGGGGUGGGAGGGUUGGGACACUUGGCGAUUAUGUUUGCGGCGAAGAUGGGGUGCCGGGUCGUGGUUUUUUCGGGGAGCGAGGGGAAGAGGGAGGAGGCGAUGAGACUUGGGGCGCAUGAGUUCGUUGCUAUGAAGGGGAAGACGGAGUUGAAGGUGGAAAGGAAGGUGGAUAGACUGUUGGUUACUACUUCGGCGCAGCCGGAUUGGAAGUUGUUGUUGUCGGUUUUGGCGCCGGAGGCGUCGAUUCACCCGCUUUCGGUCGAUGAGGGGGAUUUCCAGUUUCCGUAUAUGGGCUUGGUCGCUCAGGGGCUGACGGUGCAGGGGAGCGCUGUGGCGCCGAGGGGGAUUCAUAAGGAUAUGUUGGAGUUUGCGGCGCUGCAUCAGAUUAAGCCGGUUGUGGAGAAGUUUCCCAUGUCGGAGGAAGGGAUCAAGGAGGCGAUGGACAAGUUGGAAAGGGGGGAUGUAAGGUUCAGGGCCGUGUUGGUGGCCGAGUAG